AUGGCCUGCGCGUGGCACGGUGUAAUACUCUUGUCGGUUACGGUGGUAGUUUUGUCGAGUGACGAUAUCAAAAUAAAAUGUGGAAAAGACUCAGUAGAGGUUACAUGGCCAUUGAGCGAGGCUCUGGCUCAGGAGCCUUCCCGUCUUUUCCUUGGCAACUGUCAUGCAUCAAGCUAUUCUCGUUUGGAUGCCGGUGGAGGGGUGGCAACAUUUCACUAUCGAUUAACCGAUUGCCUUUUCAAACGAAGGUUCACAGGAAGUAAGAUGAUCUUUGAGAACCAGUUAACCCACAGGCCUCAAGCAAAGAUCAAAUCACCAGCCCUCUCCUUUCCGAUUAAGUGUGUUUAUGAAAGACCUGAUGGCUUGGAGUCUCCAUAUCUGAAACCAGUUGGUGAUAUAAAAGGACAUGGGGGGCUAGUCUUUGUCAUGGGGCUUCUUAAUAAGGAUCUAAAUGGACCUGCUCUCUCCAACUCCUUUCCUUUUGGCUCUUUCAUCCCCAUCUGGUUCGCAGUAGAACAGGAAGCCCACCAACCACUAAUCCUUCUCUUGGAGGAGUGUUUGGCCUCCACAAGCCCACAUUUGGGACCAGAGAGCCAGACCUACCCAGUCAUCACCAACAAGGGAUGUCUUGUUGACAGUGUGACUGGACACUCCAAGUUUCAUCCAAGAACCGACUCUUCUUCAAUAUUACUUUUACUGCAGACCUUCAGGUUUGCGGUUGGAGAGGACGUGUUUAUCCAUUGUAAGCUUUUGGCAUGGGAUCCCAAGGAUCUGAAUGAAAGCAAAAAGGCUUGCCAUUACAACAAAGAACUUGGAGGAUGGGAGCAUCUCGAUGACCCAUUCCAGAAUGGUCUCUGCAGGUGCUGUGAUUCAACCUGUAGAAAGCGAAAAAGGAGAGAACUUGAAUUUGAACCCCAGGGUCUGGUUCAGAAUGCUGUAUUGGGACCACUAAUUAUAACUGAAGCAUUGGACCAGGUGGACCAUGACGCAAGCUAG